CUGUUGCUUCACUCGUGCCCCUAAUACAUCGCCUGCACACCUCACGAGGCCUACCCAACAAACCAAGACUAUCCACUAAACAUAAAGAUAAUUCGUUGCAAGUUCCUCCCAUGGAUGUUCGAUCCGAAGACCUCCUGCCAGGCGAGAAAGUCUUAAUCACCAAGAGUGCAAAUGCGCUCGUAAAGAUCACGGAAUACGGCUUGAGCAGGUUCUUCGCAGACGAUCUCCUCCGCCUCAUGGGGAUGAAGAAAAUCGAAGGCAUCGGGGGCAAGUUGUAUCUCACCAACUAUCGACUGCUAUUCAAGUCACACGCCUUCAAUCGCCUUACGGGUAAAUUCAGCGUUGCCCUUCCCACAAUAAAGAGCGUGAAGGAUACAUCUCGCUUCGUGAUGAAGAGGAUCGACGUCGUCACGGAUACGGAGACAUUUCAGUUUGUUGUCUGGGGGAUCCCGGAGCUCAUUUCAGCAAUAGACAGGGCUCGCGCGGCAUUGACGGACGUGGAGAUCGAGCAGUUGAGAACUUCGGCAGCAGAGAAUUAUAGGAGGUUCGGUGACGGGCUCAAAGUCGCCAAUGCGAUCGAGACGAUGAACAGAGCUCUCCUGGUGGCUCGCAAGUCAGGUACGCUGGCCAAGAUAGCGGCUGGUGCGAGUAAUCCUUUCGAGCUUUCUGGGAUUAUGAAUUUGCUCGAACUGCUCGGCGAUGGGCCUCCAGCGCAGGGCUCGUCUACUGGAUAAGCAGAUGAUUUGUCGUGUGUAUUUCAAGCACUUGAGAACAGUUUUCCUUAAGAGAACCGAUAUAUUGACUGAUCGCUGGAUGACCUUGCCAUGAAACCUGGGCGCGCUUGAAUGUUUGCCUAGUCGAUUCAAUACUAGCGUUAGUGGUCUCGUCGCUAGCAAAGGCGACUGAUCUAUACGGCUUUGGAUCAGCACUUUCAACAGAAAGAAUCAGGAUUUCCUAUAAGCCCCGUACUGUUCCGUAUAGAGGACAAAAUGUGUCUGUAGCUGCAGCUUACCCCCUGAGACUUACAGGCACAUGGGCCCGCUCGGCUUGAUAAUCGUACAAUAAACCCCGUAUCAAAUCAGCUCAGUGCAUCCUCCACGAUGUUACAAUUC